AAACGAUGUCGACACUCUCUCCUUUAUUCCCCCUUUCAUUUCUCUUUCUUCCCUACUCUGUUUUCUGAUUCUCAUGCAUGCCUAUGUUGCUCCACAUCAUUUAUAUACUUCCAUUUUAAACCACCACCAUCAUCCUGCCAUCUUUUUUCGUUUGAUUGCCCGAGAGACUUUUCACAGUCUUUAUUUGUAUACAUUUACAAUCCAAACGUUCUUCAUUCGUUUUCUUUACUUUGAUUCCUCAUUUGCCAUUGCGUUUGAGUGCAUAUUUAUUGAGCGAACCACCCUUUAUUAUUAUUAUUAUUAUUAUUAUUAUUAUCAUCAAGAUUUGCUCUUCCCAUGUUCUUCAUUGAGGAUAUCUGGCCGCUCUGCUGCAUUGAUUCCUUCGGAUCAAAGGCUAGGUUUUUCUGAGAGUCCCUUUUGCAGACAAUAACAGAUUCAAUGAGCAACGUAAGCUGCCAGUCGUCGGAGCAAGAGAUUUGUCGUGACGAGUCAGCUGCUUUGAAGUUAAAACCCAUAGCUAUAGCCUCAAUCCUCGUCGCUGGGGUAGCCGGCAUUGCUAUUCCACUCAUUGGCAAACACCGUAUGUUCCUCCGCACAGAUGGAAGCCUUUUUGUUGCCACCAAGGCCUUUGCGGCCGGCGUAAUUCUAGCCACUGGCUUCGUCCACAUGCUCGCCGAUGGUAACGAAGCUCUCACGGAUCCUUGCUUGCCCGAACACCCUUGGUCAAAGUUCCCAUUUUCAGGCUUCUUUGCUAUGAUUGCUUCUUUGCUUACUUUGCUUGUGGAUUUUGUGGGGACUCAGUAUUAUGAGAGGAAACAAGGUUUGGGUAGGGGAAGUACAGGAGAGUCAGGCCGAGUCGAGUCAGUAGAGUCGGAUUCAGAGUUCGGGACUGUACCGGUCCUGGAAGGAAGGGACUUGCAUGCGAAGGUUUUUGGGGCAGAAGAAGGUGGGGGCAUGCACAUUGUUGGGAUGCAUGCACAUGCUGCACACCAUAGGCAUAGUCAUCCCCAUGGGCAAGAUGGCUGUGAUUGGUUGCUGAGGAGUCGUGGACAUGAAGAGGGUCAUCAACAGGGGCAUAGUUAUGGACAUGGGCAUGACUUUGGAGUUGAGGAUGGUGAUAAUGGAAGGAGGCACGUUGUGGUUUCCCAGAUAUUGGAGCUUGGAAUUGUAUCACACUCAGUUAUCAUCGGGCUAUCACUGGGGGUAUCCCAGAGUCCAUGCACAGUAAGGCCUCUAAUUGCAGCAUUAUCAUUUCAUCAAUUCUUUGAAGGAUUUGCACUUGGAGGGUGCAUCUCCCAAGCUCAAUUCAAGACUCUGUCUGCAGCAAUCAUGGCAUGUUUUUUUGCCAUAACAACCCCAGUUGGAAUUGUCAUUGGAACUGCCAUUGCCUCGUCCUACAACCCUUACAGCCCGGCAGGUUUGCUUACGGAAGGCAUCUUGGACUCUUUGUCCGCUGGAAUUCUAGUUUAUAUGGCUCUAGUAGAUCUAAUUGCUGCUGAUUUUCUGAGUAAGACGAUGAGCUGCAAUUUCAGACUUCAACUAGUAUCUUACUUGAUGCUUUUCCUAGGAGCUGGUUUGAUGUCUUCCCUUGCAAUCUGGGCCUAAUUUUUAGAUUAGAUUAGACUUAUUCAUCACUUCAAUUUGAGCUAUUAUAGUUGUUUUUUUAAAUUUCUUCAAGAAAAGGGAAAUGAUAGAUGGAUAAUAUAUAAAUUGACACAGGCUCCUCACUAUUUUCACCUGUUGUAAAAGAUUCAAGUCCAGAUUUAUAAAUAUUGGAAUCAACGCCCAAAGUGAAGGGUAUUGAUGGCUCAAUGAUUAGCUGAUGUGCUGUUCAAAGAGUUUGGUUGUAGAUAAAACAAGUGUCUAUGUAAUCUGUCUUCAAAUUGCUUUACAGGUAAGGCUAGCGAGCUUGGUUGUAAUAA